AUGUCUUACCAACCCGGCGAUAAAGUUUUUGCUAAAAUGAAGGGGUUUUCCAACUGGCCAGCAAGAGUAAGAACCUCUGAAGUAUGCGCUCAUAAUUUUAGGUUAAUCCUCUACCCCCUCACGUUCACGUGCCAAAGGGAAAACUUCCUAUCUUCUUUUAUGGAACACAUCAAGUGUAAGCCAAUUUGCGAACUUAUUUCUCAGCUCUUUCAUUCAUAAUAAGGCGGUGUUCCCUUUCGAAAAGUAUAGAGAAAAAUGGGGAAAACCGAAGGCGAAUAAUCACUUCAUGUCUGCUAUGGAGGAAAUAGUCUCAAACCCCGAUGUCUUACUACUUGGAAAGGUAACACAUCCUUUUUUUCCUACAAGUUCUGCAGGACCCUGACGCGAUGGACUUCCUUCUUUCCGUGUACCCCAAUGCCGAUGCAGGUAGUUCUUCUGGCCUUAAGUUUCCUCGCAUAUGAUUAUCUCUCUCGGGCUUGUACAUUGUAGCUAAUUCAUAAAGCCCAUCGUUGCAGUAAUGAGCCACUUCAAAGCCACAUCGACUUUCUAACUGCCUCGGAAAUUAUAAUCCACUCUGGCCAGAUUUAUAUUCCUUAAGAUUGAGACGGGUCCGCCUGGUGAUGAGCGAUCGCGUUUGCCGUUAGAAAACUCAGGUCGAAUUCGACCCCGGGGACCGACUUUCCCUCUUCGGAAAUUGUGUUCGUAUCAUGAAAAGUAUGAUCCAAAAUUCUGUUUGUCGAAUUUUUGUGGGGUGGCUAUGCCGGCGCAUCCUAACCUUGAGCAUACGGCACUAAAUCUGAGAUUUCAGUGUCAAAUGGUCUUCGCUUCUUAGUUGCUGUUUUUUUAUGUACAUUAGUUGAAUUUCCAUUUAUUAUUCCUUUGUCGUGCCUAGGAAUAUUUCUACUAUCUCAUUCUUAUUGAAAAAUUUUAAGCCUCAGUUACGUAGCCUCGAAGUUAACCACAUGUUCGGCCCGUAACUUGGCCCCGAAUUUAUACUCGAAUUUGUGUACUGGCAUUAGUACCCCAUCCGCGAUGCGUCCUUGUUUAUAGCGUACGUUUUCUCCUUUCAGAAUCGAAGCAAAGCCGACUUAUCCCUCCGCCUAGCCCGUCUAGUGGCGUUAGUCCACGAUCUGUUGGAAAUAACUCGCUGGGAGACGAUGACACAAAGUCUGAGAAAGUGUCUUCCCCUCACGUAACGGGAUGCACCGACAAUGAAACUGAUUUGUCUCAAAGUGGCGCAUCGGAUGAUGACGAUUCCUAUGUACCAAAAACGAAAAGCCAGAAAAAGCGAACUGACGCAUCUUCACGGCCCUCAGUGAAGCGGUCUGCUCCCCGUCGAAAACCAGCAAAAGAAGUCUCAUGUAUGCUCUUAUUCGUCGUGCAUUGCUUUCCAGCCAUGUGCGGUAGUUUGUCCUGCAUCUUUCUGUCGGCAUAGCUUGGCUCGGUAUUCAUCCGCAUUACUGCCACAUGAAUUCAAUGAAAAUAUUGCUGUCCAAGUUGUCCCCCUAAUGAACAUUUACCAAUCUUAACAGGCCUUCCGAUCACGGAGGUAUUUUAUGUUAUCCCGACAACUUAAGGCGACUUUGCGCAAACGUUUUACACCAAGACGUCAGUAAGUGCCGCUUUGGUGUUAGGAAUCAUGUACCAAUGCGCGACCAGUUGCCUCGUUUUAUGAUCAGAGUCGCCAGAAUGGCGCCAAUACCCUAUUUGUCCUCGUGGCACGAAUGGGCGAGCAUAUAGUGAUUGCCGGUCCAUAACCUGGCUAUUCGAGGCUCGUAGCUGCUUCCGACCGUCUAGUUGCCUCAAAAUGCGCUUUUGUGAAUUCUCUUUCCACCGAAGUAAAUUAGGCGGUUAAGAUGGUGUUGUUUGAUGUUGACUAAGUCCAGGACGUUUGAGCCGACAUUUGUAUCUUGUUUUCAAUUCGACUAGACCCACUGGCGGUGCGAAAAUGCUUUCGACUUCCGACUAAUCGCCCAUCUCGAGUAGUCUGCACGAGUUUGUUUGCAGUAGCAUUUAUCCUUGAAUUAGCAUCGGAAGAGUAUACGGGCCAUUCCUUGGAUCGGCUGCUGCAGACUCAUCGCUCACCAAGAGUGCCGGCUCCCGAACAGUUUUCCAGACAAAAUUUGGGAUUGUCAUAUUUAGGUUUGCACCAAAAUUAUUGAUUCAUCCACUAGAGUGCCGCAUGUAGGAUUAUUCUCAUAAUUUUGCCAACCGCAGGAGUGACCGUAAUAAUCAUUAGAAUAUACUGGAUUUUACAAAUGGUGGUAGGCUUUUAUGUAGUGCUGCUUCUACCGCAAUCCUUCGUUCACACUAUAAAAAAUGCCUGUACCCUUUGUUGUAUGGCCUUGGCAGCCACAAUUUAUGUUAUUUAACUAUUGAGUCGUCAUCAUUUCCAGUAACCAUCCUUACGUUUGCUUCUGAAGCCGCCAGGAGCGUACAGAAAGCCGGUGCUAAACGACCGGCCCACCAGGCCUCCCACUCCUCUGUUUCUUCUGGGACUAAAAAACGACGACAGGCUUCAAGCAGUACCGUGGACGAUGCCAACGAGCGGGCCUCCCUAAGUAGCAUUUCCUCCAUCAGGUAAUUCUUUAUCUUCUCCAUGAGAUGCUGUGUCAGUCAUUUUGGUUACCUUUUUGCUCUUCGUGCCUGGGAGCCAAGUUGGCAAAAGCCCCGAAAUUUAUAAUUUUCUAUUCUAAACGAACCCCAGAGAUUUCCACUAGACCUGUUCAGGGUUUAGUACUAUUAUCUUAGGGUUGCUUCCAAGGUUAUUCUAGAGCCAUUUUGGCCAUUCUUAUGAAAUCGCUUCAUCUUAUCCCCCCAGGAUUUUUUGCCGGCUGCUAACGCUUUCCAUCUACCGCCGUUCUAAUUUUGCUUGCCUUAACAUCAGUCUGUGGGUCAGUGGUGCGAUGUUAGUCUUCGUGAACUUCAUCCGCGAACCAUUUUCCAUGCUUUUUCUAGCGGCCCCCACAGACAUUUUAAGUAGGCCUCUUUAUUUGUCACACGUCCUUUUUUGUCGUUUUUUUAUGUAGAAUUGUUUGAGCUUCUAGUCCUUUCGUUUGAAAUUCCCUACUACGAGAGUUGUUUUUUGUGUCCAUCUUGGCCUAGCGUCGGGCUAUUAUGGUGAUCCGCGCUGGGCAGUAAACCGUCCCAUAACCUCGCACCUUUAUCGACUGCUCUCUUAAGGGGCGACGUCGUUCGAGAUUUUUUCAUGUUUUUGUUUUUUUUUCAUGUGAGGUUGAGCUUUUUCAACUAUUCUGUCGUCAUUUGUUUAUGUCAUGGCUUUCACGCCAUCGACGAUUUUAUACCGUAUGCUCUCAUCUAAGCAUUAAAAACCGUAAAUAACAAAAUUUACACCUUAAUCCACCGCUAUCGUAAGCAUGUAUCCACGCCCGUGCCCUCGAGUUUUCGCAUUUUUAUGCUAUCCUACUGAGGUCCGGUUUAGGGGCAGUUUUGUGUUCUUACCCGUUCCACUGUCAACCAUGAACUCUGUAAAUGCGAAGACAAAUUUGCCCUACACGACCACCGCAAGCCCAGAUGCCACAGGCACCUAACGGGGACAAUUCUAAUUGCUUUCGCUGCCAGUGAACGCAUCCACCAGUCGAUCUGUUUUGUCCUCUCGCUGCAGUAUUUUCUGGUCAUCGGUUCGCUUGCAUGCACAAAUUACUGAAACGCACAGCACGAGAGAGAAAAGCCUGAAAGCCUCACUAACUCUUGUUUUCUUAAUGUAUCUGGGCUGACGCGAACAUUUAAAUAGCCGUAAGAUUCCUUACUUGCCGUUCUUGCAAGUUGCAAAUGCUGCAUAAUAUGUCCCUGGGGUUUUUAUCCACCCAUUUCAAAAAUAGUGCCAUGAUGGCACGCAGCUGUAAAGUUUUAAAAGUAACAUCACAUCUAAGCAUAGUUUUACUUCCACACUGCGUCAAAAAUUUCAGUCUUACCCACAUUCCUAUGACACCACUUUGUCCUGGCUCGGAUCAUUGUUUUUUGCCAUUUAUCAUACCUUACGCACGCGGUUAUUUCCUUCCCUCACUAGCGACGACGAAGAGGAUCCCCUGGCUUCAUGGCAGAAAGCUGACGCCGCCAGGAAAAGUGAAAUCGAGGUCAAACUCCAGGAACUUGAGAAGAGGUAUUGUGGAGAGCCCAGUGACUUCGUCAACUGUUGUCUCCUCUUAUCUUGCGUAAUCAAUCCCUAGCUCUCUUAUCUGUCCUUUUGUUCUCAGGAGACAGCAAGAGGAGGAAAAAGCCAUCAGGCAGGCGAAGAAGCACAUUUCCAAGUCGAAGCAGCGUAACUUACACAAACAUUCUGACGGGCAGAGUACCCCUCCACGCCCAACCUCUUCACUUUCUACGGACUUGGUCAAGAGUGAGCCCGAAACGGAGGGCAUCGGCGUGCCCACUGUUGCCUCACCCCAUGCCUCAUCUGUCACCUCAGACAGCGAAUCAGCGGUCCAAAAGUCACGGGAAUCCAAGGAGGCACGUCGUAUGGCCAAACGCCUAAUGAAGAAGGAGGCCAAGCGAGAAGCCAAAAAAGCGGACAAGCGGAAUGCCAAACGCCUAGAAAAAGCCUUGAGAAAGCAACAGCAGAUACAACAGCUGGCGCAACUGGAGGAGCAGGGAGGUAUUGUUAAGGAUGAGGAUGCAGGAGUAGAGACGUUUCUAGAGGAUGCGGCGACCGCGGCGGGUGAUAACGCCUCUGAGGUCUCAGGAGAUGACACUGCCGCUUUCGCACCGGUAGUAAAGAACGGAGAAGGGACAUCGACCGCGGACGAUGCAAAGACUACAAAGGAUUUUGUCGGUUCGCCAACGGAAGGGUCUCCCGAUUUGAGCGCACCAAUAGAACAUUCUCCACUUAGUGCCACAUCGGUCAGUAGCUCCAAGCACCAACUAUCGUCCAACAGUCGUAGUCCCGAGUUGACACCUUCACAUCCGGUCCCAACAGAGGAGGCAGCUCGUAAGUUCGCAUACCAACUGCACAUCCAAUGUCUCUCGUUUACGACUGCGUGCAGCCACGCACGAUGGUCGUGGUUGUCGGGGAUCAGUGUGGUAUCUGCGUUUAAGUCGCCUUGGGAUAGCGCACAUAUCCGAGUUCCGGGUGUGAAGGGGUCCAACAAAAGCAGUUUUCCACAGGGCUGAGUAUCGGUACUAAAAUUUGAGGUAUUUUGUAUUAAAAUUUAUGCAUGUGUGUGUACCUUAUCAGGGUAGACUCCCAAAGGAAAACCAACCACGUUAGUAUUCCUGACCCCAUAAGGAUACACAAUUGUUUAACUGGACCGUACAUGUAUGCUUUCCGGCGCAUACAACUGUGGUCAGCGUCUGAACCCCAAGUAAGUAUUGUAUCACGUUUAAGACGGACAUUUGACUUACUCCAGGUCCACCGUUGUGGCUUAUCUCCGGUCCAACCUGUAACUGGUACGCAAUGGGAGAGGAGACAAGGGAGGAGCUAACUCGGGUGAACCUUUUAUCACCACAGAAUUAAAUUUUACACUCUAACCACCACGACUCGCAAAAAGUCAUGGCUCGAUAGGUUGCUAACUGACAGAAUGACUCGGACCUUCGAGCCAAGGACCAGACAGUGGUAAUGUUUUUAUGACAACCGCCACCAAUGUGAGGUCACAUUUAAAUCUGAUUCACACCGAGUGAGGAAUCAGCACUCAUGUUGUGGACAUGGGUGGCAACAGACUACUCUUUCGGUACCUUAGUCCGAUUCAGUGGGUGAAUCAGCACAUGGGCAGCUGCGCGGCCAGUACCCUUGAGCCCGUCCGUAGUCUGGACCCAGCCCUGCCACUGAAACACGGUAGAACGGAAAUGGGACACGUGACGAUUACACUGGCCGCUUCUUCCCCUCGGGUAGUUUUGGUCCACAGACGGCUGUCCCAAGUGCCUGAAGUACGAAAAAGGGCGUAGACCUAUAUUAGGGCCAGUCGUUGAAGAACAAAUUAUCUGUCGGUGCCGGAUUUGCAGCUCUCGUUCCGCCCCUUCCCCUUUCCAGGUACCUACUGCCCUGAAUUUUACCUCUGACUUGUUACUAUUAGCGCCUACACGUCACAGCUUGUUUUAUGCUUUUGAGCCCACCCACCCGACUGACGUGGUCUGGCCACUUGACCAACCUGGCUAUCAGCAAACCGUCCUCAGUCUCCACCGCGUUCCACUUGGACGGCACGGUGACCCUAGUGACAGGAAUAAGCGUGGUUUACGAUAAAGUCGCAUUAACCAGAAGUUAUCGCAACCUUACCUUUAACCCGAGAGGUGGACCGAACUAUCCCUUCAGUUGGCAACUUCCCAGGCAACGGAUUUUAACUGUGUUGGAUAAUUUACAAGCUUGCUAAGCUUAUUAUGAUGAGAGGAGUAGGUCUUUUCCCUGUUUCAGUUUGUGCUUGUGGCAAGCUUUUAUAGAAUGCCCAGGAAAUUAAGUUACAGCUUAGAUUAUAGUGGUUCACGCUGGAUUGGUCCCUCUUUCCGAUUAUCCAUCGUAUCAAAAGAGCAGGACUGAAAUUGAUCUGAGUACCUGAGUGGGCUCCCACCUCUCGUCUUUGGAGUGCCCCAUUCCAGCUGAUGUUAGAGUAUUUGACCAUCCUUAGGUCGAGUGCAACCAGAUCUCCCAUCUAGGGGCUUAGCUACCAUCACCACCCGCUGUCGUUGAAGUGUGCUUAUACGGGUUAACUGCCUCAGAGCCACUUCUGCAAACGACAGAGGAGUCACGGUUGGCAGCAAUGUAUUGAGUCCGACCAGGUUUGUCAUGAGCCAAGUUGGGAGCUCUCUUUGAAUCAGCUAGUAAUGCUGAAUGCCCUUACUCAUAGCCUCUGACUUGUUCAAAAUUCAUUAUCCGUGCCUGAGAAAUGACUACAAUGUCAAAUUCUGCCAUAUCAGGGAAAAGUGGUAAGAUGGAAAGCCGACGACGUAUGCAGGAUGUUCAGGGGGCUUAGUUUACAAUGUUAUGAUCCUUGUCGUGGCUGACGUGGCGUUCCCAAGUUAAUGUAGUGCAUGCAUUUGCGUUUUAAUCUUUUUCUUGUAAUGGCUUCACUUCGAGGUAGCACACUUACAGACUUCGGUUAGUCAGUACGGACGUCCCCUCGUGGGCGAUCCAUAAGAUGUAGCCUGUAGAAGGGCACUACCAUAUAUUUAUAAUCUCUCGUGUUUGCCGAAUACCCUUUAACAAGUCGUCCAACUUCACCCUUAAUGCCGGUGAUAUACUAAGAAUUUGGAAUGAGGAACGAGGUAGCCAGCAUACGCUACAAAGGAUUAAUAACCCCGACAUCUGUGAAAACUUCCUGUUGACACUAAGAAAAAAAGUCAGUCGGCUUAGCAGUCGUAUUUUGUCCACUCCCAUGUCGUCAUUACAACGCUGACUAAGAGAUUGCCCCCUUAGGGUCCGAAAAUAUUUGGGUUAAUCACAGUCACAGCCGCCAUCAUCCUUAUAAUCACCAAGGGCCGUUGCAGGCUGAGCAACGGCGAGCUUCUGUAACUUCCAGGCCAUGCUAGGAAGCAGAGGGCGCGGACGUUAACCGUCCGACGGUAACAAUAACAACUGUUUCAUAACCGUUAGCUGGCACCACGGCCGAAUUAUAACAUUUAAUUGAAAGAAUUGGGUAGCGUGGCAACCUAGUGAAGGAGUUAACCUAGGACACACCGUAAAUUGCGGGCAAGCAUAGCCCUGAUUCUUAACUCGGGCAGGGGUUUGACCGUACUUCUGAGCACUAGAGUCAUGUUUUUCUCCCAUUAUUAACGUCACUGUCGCGCAGGCACCCUCGUCUGUAUAACCGCACGCAACUGCUUUACCCUUCCUUUAUUUGUUUUUUUACACUCAUCUUUAUCGCUUAGGUGUCCACACCUCUCCCUCCUCUUUACCCGGUGAACCUGUGGAUGACCGACUCCAUCGUCAUCACCAGUCUCCCACGUCUCCCUCCACCCCUCCAGAGUCAGACAAUCAAAUGAGCCCUACCACCAUCACCCCCUCCCAACAGUCGCAAAAACAACAGAGCCCCUCAUCCGACCAGAACAUACCAUCAGUUGCAAGUCCAGUCAUUGACACACCACCGCCUGUUGCCGAUGUCCACUCACCCAACUUGAGUACCAGCCCACGUGAAAGUGAUGGGGAUGUGAGCAGUGGCCAUCGGCGACGUCGCGACCGGCCCACUAGCCACCGUAAACGGAGACUGGCCAGGGUAUCAUCUGCCUCCUCCCAAUCCGAAGAGGAGGAAAACAGGGUUCCUGACAAGGAGAUAGAAAAGCACGCUUCGCAUCACCGCCAUCACGGAAAACUAGCCAGGACUGAUGGUCAUGUUGCAAAUGGUGGCAGCAAGGGUACCGUCGAAGCUCGGUAAGUUAUCCUGUGUCCUCCCGGUCAGGAUUUCAUUGUCUUCAAGAGGCUUUAUAGCGCACAGUAAGUUCUGUCUGCCGAAUGUGUUCUUUUGCUCGCAUCCUGUAGGGACCAUUCUCAAAAGACUGCAAACGGUGGCCUGGAACGGAAGCGCGCGGCGACGCGUAAGUUCCUUUACUUGUCUUCCACCCGUUCGUCGGAACUUAGAUGUUUGUUCAGCAUAUAAAUUUGCAUUUUGGUGAAGCCCUUGUGGUUGUAUUAUGUGACUGCGAAAAAUUGGUGGGACACAUGACUGGACCUCUGGCUAGAAACUAUGUUAAAUAUGGAAUAGAACGAAUUCCUGUACCCAUAUUUUUAAUCUCACCCGGGUUUUUAAGUCGCCCGCUGAUCACCACAGUUAUGAAGGCAUUAAUGUCCCCCUUCACUGCCAGCUUUGGUGAACGAAAUAACGGGCUCUUGGAAGCUGUCCCGAAGUGGGACCCUUUAAAGCUAUCCCUGUCUGUCCCUCCAAGCCCAGAAAAUAAGGCAAAACCUGCCUUAUUGGUGGUGGAUUAACACGCCGAAAACCAGGUUUCCGGGGUCAGCGGUGAGGUUCGACUUGAUCAAAAACGUUUCACUUUCGAAGUCAAAGGUGCGUCUCUUUUCUGUUCAGUAUACCUUCGGCUUGUGACUUCAUAGGCAUUAAUUAGCGCUUUCACGGACAAGUCUGCACCCACCCCACCCCAAGCAUCUAUCCGGACAGCUACAGGUAGGCAUCAGACUCUAGUCCGCCUGUGGUAAUCCAAGAAAUAUCGUCAAUCUAAACCUUCCUAAAUGAGCGGCAGACGAAACUACCCGAACUGUCGGCAAAAUGUCCGUUUUAUUGGAGUGAAUAAACCCCUACAGAACCUAGGACUAGGACUUGUUGGCUGGUCUAUUGCUCUACUCACACAACAAUGCCAACUUGAAGCAGCAUUUCAUAAAAGUACGCCGACCAAACGGCGGACGCACAUACGCACCCACAGACGGAAAGGCAGCCUUUCUGGGGGAAGUAGGAAGCUCCGCUAGUGAUGCUUACAUUGCGACUGACUACAGGCAUUCUAGGUCAAUCACUUAUGCAGUUUCCUGGUGCCUAUCUGCCUUGGAGCCCAGCCUCACGCGGUUAUUUCACUGAAAUUGAUGCUGACUAAUUCGAUCGUCCACGCUAGACUUUAUGCUGAACUAAGAUGUGGUGUUCAUGGUCGUAAUCGGCUGUAGUUUUGGCCUGACAACUGAUCACGCGAUAGGUGCGCUAGACCAAUACGGGGUCUUGCCGUAUUCUGGCAGGCAUUAUCGGAAUGCACGCCAUAACGAAUGCAAACAUCUCGGGGUGCGGUGGCAGACCCAGUUGCCGGCAGACGUUGCGCACAUUGGGAUCCCUGCGGUCCCCCAUUGUUGUUGGUUAAAAUGCUGAUCAUUUGCUGUGUGGACCAGGGGGUGUGGAGUGGAGUGCCAAGGUGCGGACUCGACCGUGCCAUCCACCUGCGCCCUCCACCACCCCCGGUCUUCUCGAGUAUGUCUUGACACCGGGCCUAGGUGGAAGGGAGAGAGUGCAGUGAAUGCUGCGAAAGUCACCGUGCCUGUGCCAUCAUGCCGUGGAGUACACGGUUGGCAUCGUUGGCAACGACAAUCGAACCGUCGGUUAUGCGAAAGGAUCGUGGCAACUGUUAUCAGCUAGGGAUCCUCCGGUUGACACAACAUACCCUUGAUUGUAGCUGUUUGUACCAAAGCGCCCACACCUAUAAACCCGCAAGACAAGUUAUAUUCAAUGCCCGCGUCACCAGGCUGUCUGUAGUAAAAUGUUGGCUGUCUACAUGUGAAGGCCUGACAGAGAGAACUAAAAAUAUGCCGGCCUUUUGUCAAGUUUCCGCGUCUGCAGUCCUCACUCCUACCCCAAAGCUACCUCAUUGUAUUUUUCUCCUUCGUACUGUUUCCCUCGUUACAAGUAAACCCCUGUGCUAAAGUAUGUUUUAUUUUCACAGCCGACUGCCUUCAGCAAUUGCGAAAUCUCAAUCGUCAGCUCAAGGCCAGUCUUCUGCGUGGUCGCGAUGAUCAUGCCAAUGCCUUAGCUAUCUUCGACCAGAUUUGUGCCGUACCCGCCACCUUGGUCCAGCUUACACAGGCCUCGGAUCUCACAGACUGUGUCAAAAAGGUUCUUUCCACACUUUCCCCAUCUCUUUAGUGACAAGUUUUGACUAAGGGGCACUGUACUUUUUUGCUUUGCCUCUUGGUGUGCCGACGUCCGAAGAGGUAGAGCGGUUUGAACACCAUUCCAUGUUGGCCAACUUCGCCAGUUUGACCUAUUUACCACCAGAUUUAUGUUGCGAGACGGAGUCUCUCUGCAUGCCUAAAGAUGGGGAAUUGUGAAACGGCCUUCAGACUCUUGAGUGCGAUGAAUAAGCAGUCGGUAACUUGGCAGCAGUAGUAUCCUUUUGGUAUGGGUAUCAACCUGGCAAAUCGGCCUCCCAUCAAAGGGCUUCAAGGUAUGGUGAUACUUAUUACAUUGUGAGUGUUGCUUGCGCUCUAAUGUAGUUUCACCCAUCGUCGUCCGACACAAUCCGGGAACUCUAACCAAUGUGUUGAAGGGUCAAUGGAGACCUUCAUCUCAUCAUCCAAGAACUACGGAAAACCACCUUGCACCAAGCUUGCGGGCAGUCGUCUUACAACCAGCAGUAGUGCCCAAACGGUGCAAAACUCUCCCUAACGACCGCACCUGCCUGUUACCCAUUAGUCUGACCGGGUGCCUGCAACGACAUCACAGCAUGACUAGAGAUUAGUGUCAGACGCCCUGUUAAUACCUAUCAUGCCUGCCUUCUCUUCCCGUAGACGUUGCGCAUAUCUGCUCGGUCUCAUACGCAUGCGCAAAGGCAAUCAGUAAACCGUCGCUUAUCAUUCAUUCACAAUUGCGCUAACAUCCGUCCACAGCCACCCUUACUUUGGCUUGCCCUUAGAAGAGAAAAAGAUAACGAGGUAAGUGUGCGCAAUCCACCGCCACUGUAAGGAGAACUCUUACAGAGGCUACCGCUGCGCCCCGGGUGCUCUGGUUGUCGUCGUUCGCGGGGUCGCGUGGCCAUUUUCAGAUACGUCUGAGUGCCGACGUUUGUGAUCGCACCCUCGGAUCAAAUUUCCUCUCAUAGCCUCUCCUUCAUGGUCAUCACUGCAGUAAUUUGGCGCAGACUUUUUAGACUCUACUGCUUAGAAUCGAAAAGAUGUGUUUUGAUAGAAUCGGUAACAGAAGGGGUGAGAUUAGGAGGAUUGGCAAUUGUCUCCUGCGCUGGGCUAUCUCCAGGAGAGGAGCCCAGUUGCCUCGAUGUAUUUUUGGUCUGUCAUCUGCCGAGAUUCGCUAGUUCGAAGCAGGAUGCCGGUGUUUCCACAGCUGUCAAUAAAUACCUAUAUCAAAAGCGAUUAUUUGCCAACGUUUACUCAAAUCAUUUGACUCGACCGUGAAAAAAGGUCGUAAAGACUAGCAAGUGAUGUCUCGCUUCUCAAGCAGUCCGCUGAUUUCCUAACUAUUCUACUGCCACACUUUCUGCCCCCUCGGGUCUGGUCCUCGUCCUUGACUCGAAUACGAAGCAUCUAUUGACUGGGACUGUCUUCCAGCGGAAAUCUGCAACCGUUUUUGACAGUAUCAACUGGCCGAACAUACAGCUGUCUGAAACGAGUUUGGGGAACAUAAGCGCUCAAAUUGGAGCGAAGGUGUCAUUAUGCCGAUUUUUUUUAAAGAGAAAAUAUACAGAUCCGGAUUAAAAAAACUACCAGGACGCGUAAUCCUCCAUAACGUCCUCACAGUUGUCUGUGUCAGUUGCAUCCGCCGUUGCUACGGGGUGCAGGCCAAUAAGCAUUAGUGUCACUUUCAGUGGGGAUGUCUUGAUGACCGCUUGUCACUACGCCAAGACUUCGACCACCGCAACUGCGAUCAGGCCCUCUCUUGUCUGCCCUGUGGAUUUGGAUCUGUCCGUGAGAGUUCCUUGUGGCCAAUCUACUCAGCUGAUGCCACACUGCUGCCGCUAUUUCCAGUGAUUUAAGCUUACUACCACCGAAAAAGUGUUUGUGUCCAUGUCAAUGGUGAGAAGAGGGCUCUAUUCGGUGUUUCUUCCACCGUCCGUCGGCACUGCGCUCACACAACCUACGCGAUGGAGUCCGUUAUCCUACGCACUCUGUCAGACUACUCUGGCCCGCGUACUACGGAUCUUGACUACGUCGAUGGUGAACUCUUUUGCAUCAACGCGACCAGCUAUGUCCCAGGUAGAUGUUAAGGCGACCGAAGUAAGCCCAUAAAUCAACAGCAGAAUGAGGCUGUCCAUUGAGGCUCUUUGGUGAACAGGCUCUGCCGCACCGGGCGCCGUUUUCUGUCAAACAAACCGCGCAAACGUGCACACUGUCUUCGAUAUGUAGAAACCCCUCGGCUUGGCACAAAAUCAAAGGGUCUCCGUUCAGACGCGUCCGCACGACCACGACGCAUGGUCAGUGCCGAGUGGUGGAGAGAAAGGCAAGUUUCGAGAUCCAUCUCUUUGGUUGCGCCCUCACCAUGACCUCUCUCUCUCUCUGACUCCCACCUUUAUUUUCUUGUUAAGUGUCGGCGUUACAAACUAUCAGCCGAAGUUCGCGAUAAGGCCCAACAGGUCCUGGCGCAUUUCCAUUCUAUCCAAGCGGCCGCAUCACCGGAGGAGGUACGUCGGGCGGGCAAGAUACCCUUUGUUUUUUUGCUGCUUAUCUCAUCUGUAAAAUUUAAAGCCUAGAAGUCUGCCUUAUACAGAAGACGUCAAGACAUGCCCGAACUUACAGAGCAGAAGUAAUGCGACUUUAGAUGAAAUCCCUUAACUUACUUGACGUUCCGAUGAACAGUCUAGGCUUUGCCGUGGUCAAGUGAAGUACUGAUUGCUCAAGUUAACCGCCCACUUCUUCACCUCAUUUCUAUAUUUUUAUAGACUAGCCUUUGUAGGUAUGCUCGAUAAUAAAAUCGUUGCAAGUUGGCCGGUGCCCACUGGUCCACAAGUCCAAGUUGAGUGGUCCAAAGGGUUAAAAUUCAGGAAACUGAGUACCCAUACCUUUGGCCGCAUUUGGACUCCUUGAUUGAAUGAAACAGGGCCCCAUUUUGCACUACACAUCUGACAGGUCGGGAGGUCCCGUUGGAUUUAGCAGAUGUACCCCAAGCUCUCCUCGGCCCAACUCUGUAAUACUUUUGUCCAAGUAAUCAGGCGAAUUUUGAGGCUAUCGGGUCUCCAUACUAGCCCCCCAUAAAGCGACUGUCAGGAAUCCUUUUCCUAAACUUCUAUUUGUUUUGUUCCAACCUGAAACCCUAGAGACGAUCAGAAGGUAUGAUCCUUUUGGUUGACAAGCAGGCCGGAUUAUUUGGAAAUAUUUCUGACCGCUCCUUGUAAUCCUUAACUCCUUUGUCAUCUCCCGCAUGGUCAGCCUUGAGUUCCUCUUCACCUUGACCUCAAUAUUGGCCACAGGCCUCUCGGUGUUGCCUCUUGUCAUCUUUGAUUUCUCUGGUUUUCUCUCGCAAUCUUGUUACAUUGCUCAGGAGACUGGCAACCGCAUCAUAUUGACCGAAGCAGACAAACCUGCUGAUGAAAAGCCGCAAUCUAUGACAUUUGUUUCCCUCGUAGUGUAGCUGUUUUCUGAAAUAAAGGGUCGGAAAGACUGCGCUUAAGUCAGCACUUUAGUUCGUAUACGGUGAUGGGAAGUUACAUCCAUCUCCACCCCAGUUAACGAUUUCAGGCAUCCCUGUCGAUUGUAUGACAUUUUCCUUUUCCCCGUCCCCUGUCUAGGUACAGCAAGCAAUGGCGAUAGUUGCGGAGAGAGUGAAACAAGCAAAGAUGUCGCAGACCGCCAGUGGGCCUAUAAAUCAGGACGAGAAUAGCCAGGGAUCCCCUGCAGUGCCUACUAGUGUCGUCUCACAGGCUCAAGUUGGCGCGGACACACCUUCCGCUACUGCUACGGCCCCUCGGGCAAUAUCGCCUACGCGCUACUGGGAAGAAAAACGAGCCAGUAUCAAAGCGGAGUUGGACGAGCGUGCAAACAGUGUUCUGUCGAUGAUUCGUGCAACCGAAGAACGAGUCGCUGCCGCGUCUGCUGCCUCGGCUACAUCUCCGACUGGCUUCAAACGACCAAGUUAUUCCUACGAUCCACCAGCCAACACUGCCACAGUCGAUGCUGGUAUGGAGGAUGACGCUACUGUGAUAUCCCGUGUUGACGAGAUCGCCAGCUACUUUGAGGCUAAUGCCUGGCUCUCGAAACACACUCUUAACUCGUCGAAAGCAUCCCGGGGAAGGCAUUCUGUCUCAGCCGACACUGUCCCGCCUCCUCCUCCUCCGCCACCACCACCGCUUACACAACUGACCUCGUCGAUGUCAGCGCCAUCUCAGGCGGAUGCUGAUCUGGAUCUGGAUACCCGAAUCCGCCGCAUGAUUGACAGUAGUGGUAACUCCCCUGCUGUCCCACCACACCCAAAGGACGGACACUCAGGUACGCGUCACCACCAGCGUCACCACGCACGAAGCGGACUCGGAUCAUCGCCACUCCCACCUCCACCUCCGCCGCCGCCGCCUUCUCUACUGCCACCGGCCGGUGACGCAACACAGCAGCGGCCUCAGUCGCGUACUUCUGCUCUGCCUGCGGACCUACUGGCUAAGCGCGAGCUGAUUGCCUCUAAGGUGGCUGCCAAGAGAGCGGCUGAUAGAGUCGCAGCAGCUGCAGCAGCAGCAGCCGGUGCCGUCGGAGGAGUGCUCUCCUCUAAGCAGGCGUUGUCUGCCCCUGCUGGCGUCAAGAUAGAUUCCCUCUCAAAGAUCCCGCUACCACCAUCGCCACCAGUAACCGGGAAGACUGCCGCUGGCACAGAGAACAUGGCUCUGGCCAAUGGUGACGACGAUGACUCCGACAUUUAUGAUCUCCUUGGAGUUUGACUUCUCUUGUGUACACACGCACAGAGAAUAGACAAACAGAGGCACUUCACAAUUAUCAGGUCCGGCAGUCUCGUCACUUCUUUCUCAUUCUCUCUCAUGCUUUGAUUGAACUUGCUUCUCACUUGCUCUACUCCGUCAAUCGUGUGUCUAGGUUCGUAUGCGCCCUCGAGUGUGUGCUCACGCUUCCUUAAGAAAGUGUGUUUGUGUCUGCAUGCGUUGGCCUCUUUGCACGUUCAUUCCUGUAAAGUAGAACCUUUCAACCCUUUUUACUCCUCGAGUUGCCUUUUCAUCACAUACGUACGCAUAUAGCUUCCUCUCAUACCCUCCUUCUGUAUGUCGUCUCCCCACACUCCUUAUCCCCCAGUUAGACACCGGGUACUCCUAGAUUGCAUCGGCGCCCCCUCCCUUAACCCGGCUUGGACUGUCCAGCACGGUGUAUAUACAAUAUUUGAGUCCGUUAGUAAGAGUUGUCGAAACAAAGACACUCGGGUUUAUUAAGUCGUCCCAUGAACCCGUCGAUAGUUGUCGCCCUAAAAUUCGCCGCCUCUUCAACUCCAGUCGCUAUUAGCCCAUGCCUAUGUUUAUUUUGCAUAAAAAGUUGAUCUGACUGGAAAAAACCGAAAAUUGCUUUAAAUUGCCAACCUGAAGAAGGCUUAGGAGGCUGCGGAAUGAAAUCCCAGCUAAGCGCCAUCUGUUAAUUGCCAAGGCAAGAUCUGCGUGUUUAAAUCAAUAUUCGCGCAUUGACUAUCCUGUCGGCGUUCUUUGGAAAACGGAGUCUACGCGGUUGUAAAACGGCUGUGCUUGACGUCAUUCCGUAAGUUGUUUUUCAUUGUUUUCUCGCAGAGGAGGUAAUGGUUUUCUCAGGGGUCACCCAGACUUUCUCAGUAUAACCCAAGUGCAUAUAUUUCCUUCACGUUUUCGGUAAUAACUGUUCGUGGAAGAUAGGCAGAGUUGCUGUUAGUUGUGCGACACAAGGGAUUUGAAUCCUACUCGGCAGGCUUGGUCUUAAGUUUAUAAAUUCGAUGGAAUUUUUGAGUAGGACGUCGUUUUUUAGGAUUCUCCGUUAGACUAAGACAUUAAACUAGGGGUUUGUAGAAACUUAGUUAAGAGUUCUGGAUUGCAAUAGGGAACAAGGCAUUUUCCGCUUUCUGACGAUUUUUCAUCUUUUGGAAUGGUACGGGUGCCACUAUUUUUUAGGGUUUUAAGAAAGUAUUAGAUACUUUUAUGCACUACCCCCUGAACAAAUUUGAUCGAGUUGACUCCGGAGAACCGUUACUAAGUGUCAUCAUUGUUUAUGAGUCUAACCGUCAACUCGUCUGGUUGAGGUCGCGUUCCCAAACUGGGCAUCCUCCGUAUUCCUCGUUUUUUCCACAUCUACCCAUUUUGAUGACUUUACUUCUAGGCCAGCACCUGUUCAGCCGGUGUUUGAGCUGGCGGAUUUACCAUCGGAGGGGGUGAAGUCUAUGACCGAAUUACACGAGACAGCCGCCCUUCGCCUUAUCACCGUUAAGUUAUCCCAAAUCCCUAGUUUAAUGUCGCGUUCGACAUGUUUUCUGUCGUCGAGAAUUUUGGCAUGUAAAAACAUGACUCGACAUGCGCCAUCGCAAAAUUGGAUUUAUAGUGAGCCCGACGGGCUCAUAACUCUGCGGCUGCUGAUAUUCGUGGAACGCCCUGGUCAGUUUUCAAAUCUGAUAGUCUCGGUUGCCUCGGCGGGUGCGCAGUCCGUGAACGCCCUGAUUCCAGAGUGCAACUCCUUUGGCGAACUGUUCUGAAAAUGUGGAAGGAGACGCCGUGAAAGUUGUUUUCCUGUGGCAGUCUGCAAGUGCUCCUCUGCUCUGACUAAUUAGCCGGCUGCAUGAGCCCAUGACCAAGAGUUGAGUCCUUUGGGGCCCUGACAGGUGAGCACUAACGAAGCGGUCAACUGUAGUUUUGGCGUGUUGCAUUUGGAUCUGAUAUAGGCAACAUUCGCAUUACACGUGAUGAACUUUCGAGCGGUUCUUUGGUUUGGGGGAAAGACCCACCCGUCUUACAAGUAGAUUUGAUGUGACUACCGACAUUGUUAGUCUGUAAGGCUUGUCGAGUCUGAUGCUCACCUAGGCCAACAAUACUGCACCUGUAACCUCCAGAUAGGAAGGGAGGUUGUAGCAUUCACCGCAUUAAGACUAACUGGCUAUUUUCAGAGUAUUCAUUCUAUGUUGCGACUUAAGAUAGUCGGAACUGGGCGGGUGUAAGAAUAGAUGACAACAAAGAUCUAGAACUCCAGCCUGCUUCUGACAUCGAGAAAAUCUAAGGUGCAUACAAGAUACUCCUAUUCCCCAGUAUUAUAAACUAAGGGACAAGCAGGAGCCUGUUUUCCGUUUAAGGACGGUGCCUCCUCAAAUUCAUUUGGUUCACCUUCGUCAAUAUUGUUUGGUGUUAUCUUCUGUCCCCUAUUGAUUGCUAAAACCACUACUUCCAAAUGCUUUCCGGUAGGUGGCGACAAUUACUAAUUCUGCCGAACCUUGUGCCCUGUCUUCUUGGGUGUGUGAGAAGAGCCAGGCUUUGGGACUUGUGUAAUUACCGUUUUUUCGGCCAAUCAACCUACUUCACUUAAUUGGAGCACUUCCCUGCGGACUUCGGUUAAUGGGGCGCUUGAGUAGCUAUCGCUGUGGUUGCAAAAACCAGAUGACUAGCACACUUUCGACUGCCCAGAAUAGUCGAACAUUAUCUCAAAUGGAUGGGGGACAACGUGUGUUACGAGCCAGUGCGGAGCAUAAUCCCGAAGUGAUUUAUUCUCAGUUGCUUGCCGACUUUUGGUCUGGUUGUCCCGGGCGCCCCUAUAAAUUGCAUUGGAGUAAACGAUCUGUUUCCGCCAGCAGCAAUCAUUCAAUGCAUACUAUUAAAAGUGAGGAGAUUGUGGUCAGGGUCAGUUGCCACUUUAGACGGAAAUUAACUGUCAAUCCCCAGACUGUUCCCACAGCGAUACAAUCAUGCGAGUUUCCUUUCUCACAGUGGCCUGCAUUGGGAAAGUAAUUACUAAUUGGAGCUAUAUGUUAAGAAUUUUCAUCUCUGUUCUCCGUAAUGAAGUCGGGCGGCUCUUCAAUUGACCUCCAGCGCCUGUGCAGACUUCGUUCUAUAGUAUCUGGCCUAUCUCAUGAAAUGUAAGUCGAAAUUCUGAAGUAUCUUCAGUCACACCAGGAGGCUGACAAUCGGCUACACUUUUUCAGGCUGCCAGUAAAAAAAACCCCGACGAAGAUGAAUACUAAAGUAGUAUGCAUUUUUGCCGCUGAUUCUCGAUGCUUUUAUAAAUUAAAAUAUACUCUAUGGGAGUCACGCACACAAAUGUUUUCUUGUACUUCCGGUAGCAGACCACGUCCUCUGCUUUGUACCUGAGGAAGGAUUAUCUUCCAGCUUUUAGAAAUUCAAUUCCCGAAUGAUGUUGAACCCGACCUGCGGCUGCACUUGCCUUUAGUACUUCUAAACUACAUACUGUAUACGUAGGAGAAUCCUACAUUUCUCUACGCUACAAAAAAGUCGUAUAUGACCUGUAAAAAUUUCGCGAUGGAUGCCAGCCAUGUACGCAUCAUGAGCAGCUUUAGUAGCCUGACAUACACGAUGCUAUAUGGAGUGUUUAGCGGUCAUAAAGACCUUAAAACGAAUAAAUACCCUUUCCUUAAGUACAAAAUUUGGAGAUGUGAUUUGCUGCAAAACGAGUGCAGGAAUGUUUCUAUGCCUGAUUUCUGUAAAAUAUAGUUGAAUUUGUGUAAGGACAUCAAUAGUGAAAAUGCCUACUGCUUAAGUGUAAGUUGUCGUUAUUACGUGUUGUUUUUGCAUGCGGCCCAAAAGACGCGCAUUCAAUAGCCGACAUCCUGACGCGGCUGAAAUAUCUUGGGACUAUGCCGCGCAAUAAUCAGUAUUGUAACCCAACCAUCUAACCGAGAACACGUCUCGUAAUGGCGAUCAAUAUUUCUCAAUAUUCACCACCUACUGUACAUCCCCGAGCGGGUGCGCAAAGCCUUCAUGUUUCAUCUUCCUGAGGCAUUGUAUUUGAAAUUUCUGAGUGCUGAUACAUUAUGCAAAUUAGCUGAUAUGCAUGUUUGGAAACUAAACCUCUGUUUACCUCGUUGGGGACGUACAGUAGGUGAGCUAAUUCAUGAAAUGUCAUCUGAAAUUCCGAAAUGCGUUUUCCUUUCGAAAAGAUUAAUUAAGUAGGGUUGUAAAACUUAUCAGUCUGCAGUAUCAUUCUAUAAUAAUUCAGCUAGCUCAGGAUUCUGGCUUUCGAAGGAACGUCCUUCCGGCUGCAUACAAAAACUGUACUCUGUAAAAAAUGACUACUUAGGUAACAUGUAUUUUUCUCAUUGAUUUUCGAUCCCCCUAAAAGUCUAAUUAUAUUUCAUGGAAAACAUGAAUAAAAAAUAUUCAUUCCGUUUAUUCGGUAGAAAAUUGCGUCUUCCAAUUUUAUACUCGAAGGAAAGGUAAUACUCAGUUUCCAAGAACUUUUCUAAUUCCCGAAUAAUUUUGAACCGGCUCGGCCGUCACACUUGCAUUCAGGGUUUCCUAAAUACAAGCCAGGUAUUUGCCGCAUACGGAAUAUCACAUAUUUCUCUACGGUAAUCAAGGGGGACCAUAUAGGGUUCAUAAAAUUAAGCCGUAAAUUUGCUCCGUAUUGUUAACUUCACAAGCCACAUUGGUAAAUGAGGAGACAUGGCGUUUUAUGAACGGCCAUAAAACGCCGUUAUGUCCGAAUUAUGUCCCGCCUUCGAGUAUAAAAUUGAAAGAAAAGGUAAUUUUCUACCGAAUGAGCGAAAAAUUAGUAUUUUUAUGCGUGUUUCCCGUGAAAUAUAAUUGGACUUUUAGGGCCAUUGAAAAUCAAUGCGGAAAAUGCAUGCCGCUUAAGGAGUAUAGUUUUUGUAUGCAGCCGGAAGGAAGUGCAUUCGAAAGCUGGCAUCCUGAGGUAACUGAAUUAUUUUACGAUGAUACUGCAAUCUGAUUAGUUUUAUAACCCCCCCCCCCCUUAAUUAAUCUUUUCGAAACGAAAAUGCAUUUCGGAAUCUCAGUUGAUAUUUAAUGAGUUAGCCCACCUACUGUAUUAGUGCAGUAUACUCCCAAGAUAUUUCAGUCACACCAGGAUGUCUGCUCUUGGAUGCACUUUUACCUGGCCGCCUGCAAAAAUAAUCGCUACUUAGAGAUGGUAUGGCCCACCCAUUAAUUUGGGAUGUCCUUAUAAAUUCAAACAUGUUUUAUAGAAAGCUUACGCAAAAGCAAAUUUUUUGCAUUCUGUCGGAAAUUGCGUCUUUAGAUUUUUCCACUCGAUGGACCUAGAUGGACUGGAAAAUACGCCUUCAUCGAAUUGGGAAUCUGCAGAAUCCAAAAUGAGUGCAAGAACUUACUGUGCAUGCUUUCCGUAAGACGUUUUUGCAUUUAUAAGCUCAACGGAGAUCAAUGGGAAAAAGCAUCUGCCUUAAGUAGUCAUCUUUAGCGAGUAUGUUUUUUUACAGGCGGCCAGAAAGACGUGCACAUAAAAGCCGCUAUUCUACUGUUACUGGAGAUUAUUCCUUAUUAUGCUCGACGUCACACCUCCAUCCAGGUACACCCUCCUAACCGAACAAUUGUCAUUCAAGAAUCGAUCUAGGGAUGCAUGAAUUUAUUGCGAAUCUCGUUCCCUGACAGUCGAUUAGGGCAACCUCAUUUUAGUCACUGCAUGUUUCGCAACGGACUUUGGAAACGCUAACCGGACGAUGGGGUUCACAUUUGCCUCAUAAAAACAGCCGCCAUGUGCGCAGGACCUUGCAGAAUGUUGAUGUCAUUCGAUUCUAUUCGAUUUCAAGUAGAAAAAUGCUAUUUAGGUGAGGCUGCAGAACCGAUUGGUGGUGAACUUAGUCCUACAUCGAUUCCUGAACGGAAGCAUACUUUUUUUCUGCUGUUUAUCUUUACAACUAUCUGCGUGAAUCACAGUCGGGGAGAUCGCCACUUAAGCAGUAAGUGUCCUAUUUUGCACCAAUUUUCCUCACGUGCAAACCUAGUCAUACAUGCCCAGAAAGGAUCACAAAAAAGGAUUUUUUACGCGCACUUUAUCAGGAAUCACUUCCUUUAAUUCGGUUAUCAUGGUGAGAGGGCAUUUUCACUCUUUAGAAAAACCUACUAUUGUGAGGGUUUAUGAAGCGUCCAGGUUUGCCAAUCCUGCUCGCGAAUUCUGCGACUUGCCUCAUAUCUGUCGAACUACUUUAUGAGCACAAGCGUGUUUCCUGACAAAGGCUUAUGGAGUAGUGUGAAUUCGCUUAAGAGAGAAUUCAUAACGUGCAGUUUGGGAGGCAUGGGUUUCACCUUGCUUGGGUGUUUGUGUCCUAAAUUACGCGGUGAUCAGAGAACUUGAUUCUGGCUACUUAUUUAAUUUCAGUACCACAUUUUGGAGAGAUUGCGCCGAGAGACAGGUGUAAAUACUGUUUUUGUACCUUUUUGCUGGGAAACAUGCUUCAGUCUAUGAGUAGGGGAAGUCAAGGGCUAGUGCUGACUACCCAAGUAGCGAAUUUUUUUAAGUCCGAUUUAAUAGUUGACUUGGAGAAUACGCAUCCAAUCGCCAGCAAGCAACUGCAAUCAAAUAGACUUUAAUCAUUCCCACUGUUAACUGCAUUUGGAGUCUUGUACGAUGAAUAUGCUUAGUCUUAAUAAGUAUGACGGAACGUUGGUUAAUGUUUAUUGGCCCCGAAGAAUGCUCUAAAUUGAGGAGUUACGUACGGUAAUGGAUUAUGAUGGACAAAAAGAAGGGCAGGUUAGACGGCUAUUUCUCACACAUUAGCUUCCUCCAGUCGAUCGUGCCUGAAGUUGAGAAGGUCCGAAUUUCGAUAGAGGUUUAGUUGUUGACUGAACUAGAUAUUAUACAAGUUAAGCUACGGGCUCCCCUCCAAUCACUGUUAGGACUAAUAGCCCAGGACGCUAUACGGGCGUUCGAAACUGCCUUGGAGUCUCACAGCUGACCCUUAUCGUUAGCGAUCAUCAACUACCCGUCAGCAGGUUGCGCCUAUGAGUGCUCUAGCUCAGAAGUUUGGGGCAAAGGGAGCUGCCGCAUCUCAUCCUAUCGCCGGAGUGAGUCGGUGGACGCCCUUCUCGCGUGUGGCUUUGAUUCAACGCCACCGUUUCAGGGAAGGGAAGGGGGGAUCGCUGUGUACACGGAACUGCGAGGCCCACUGUCCUUUGCAGUGCUGGAAGUCGGUAAUUUUUUUACACGACAGAAGGCUUGUUCCGCAAGUCGAAUUUCUGCAGAUUCGUGUUCAGUCGCCCUAACCCUCGCUAUUUUUGGGCUUCUCGCUGAUAUCGAAUCUCACAAAGCACUGUCUGAACUCCUUACUUGUGCCUUCAAGUUCAAAGGAGUGUCCACAUGGCCCUGCAGAUCGCAUCGUGACAAAUCACUUUAAAGUACUGUGUUUUAUUAAUUAUCUUUCGAUGCUUGUAUUAAAUCAGUCUGCUUUAGUGGGCAACAGAUGAAAUGUCGUAUUCCUUUUCUAAGAGGUCUACUGAUAUUGCCACUUAGUGUCUAGACAAGGGGAAUGUUUUUUAAUCUCUUCCUUUUUAAAAGUUUUUGAACCACUUCUUUCAAUCUAGAUAAGCUGGUUGAUCGGCUCUGCUUGUCUCAGCAUAGCAAAAUAAAAAUAUUUAGCAGAUUGACUUCGAGGGACGUGCAUACCACGUAGAUAAGUCUUGUGUGGACUUGCUUCAUGUUUCGAACUAUCUCUUUACUAUGUUUCUGACGCCGGGCAAUUCCAUGACUUACAAUAAACCUCAUGUAUGGUUAUAAGAACCGGCUUUGUCAAUCUUUUAUAGGAAGGCACGUUGCACAUGCACAUGUGAAAAUUCCAGAAAUCGAUAUACUACUCUAGAAUCGAGGAGCCUCCUUGUUGUUUGUGACUGAGACUGUUUGAAAGACCAUUCUUGGGCCGUUUUUCAUAUCAUCGCCUCAAUUAAGUGUCCUUUUUGUCUGAAAGCAGAGUAGAAAUUCUGCCAGCGUUCAUGAGUGUUGUUGCCUGCAACGCGCUCAGUUAUGUUUGGGCGAUUUCUCACUUCGGGAGGUCGUGGUCAGUUGAGAAAUACUACUUUGAGAGCCGUCGUAAUUUUUCUAGUGACACUUAAAUCCCGGCCACAUGUGGUAAGUAAACUCACUUUCAUAACGCCAGAUCCCAUUCCAAGUUACUCCACCUCUCCAACAUUCUGGGCUCGUGUUCUCGACUUUUUUGUAGAGAAUAGUACUUCGCGAAUUUACUUUGUCCUUAAGGGUGGUCUGCAGCGUUAUCCAAUGUCCACUAACUAUGUGUAUACCUAUUUGCCAUCGAACGAUGAAGCUCUACUGACUGACGUAAGAGUUUAAAUGAGCGUCUGCCUCUGACUCUUAGUUACAGUGAACAUUUUUUUACCGCCCAGGGCAGAUUCGUUGACCAUAGGUCGGUAGUUCCAAUCGCCCAGGCUUUGGAAAUUAACAAAUUUGCGUUUAUAACAGUUCUGGGUCCUCGAUCUGCGGCUUUCGAUAGGCUGAUGAAAAGGCUGUAGACUGCCUACUUGUCUUUCCUUUAUGCCUCUGACUGGAGACCUGUUUAUGAGCCUGACAGUUCAGGUAAAUAUGUAAUACCGGUGAUUGGCUGCCUCUUUGGGUUUUUGCAUUAAAAAGCCUGGGAGAUGGGGCUCUAAACGUUUGGACUAAAUACGACUAAACUGGUGCUUAACACUCAUAUGACAUUCGGUAACAAUUGACUAGAACUAGUUCAGCUUUGCACGUUGAUCACACCAGAUCUCAGAAAACGUUUUUACCCUGCUUUUGUGAUGGUUUUGUAAUUUGGGGCAGAGGUUGUUUUUGUUCCUAGGGGGUGACGCUUUUUCGAUUUUUUUGUCAAAGCGGUUAACUGCUCUCGUGGUUUCUUCGUGAAUCCAGGCUUCACGCUGGUCUGCAACAAUAUACGCUCGCAUUUCCUAGUGAGAUGUUGCGCCUUGAGAAAUCCUCCACAUAAGCUCCUGCAAAGUAUUUACUUGUGGAUAGGGAUGGAAUGACCGUUUUCCUUUUGAUGUUGGUCUGUCAAGUACGACUGGAGCAUUUCGUUUUAAUUCUAUCACCUCUGUAAAAUUGUGCCACACCGAAAUUGUUUAGGCCUCUCAGUUCUAUCUCCUAUCGUUUUAUUCACGUUUCGCUGAAUUGUUCCUCUCAUUCAUUUGGCCAACUUCCCUGUUCAGAAAGUGUGAUUUUUUUUUGUGUGGCGACACCUGUGCCGGUUUUUAUACUACACACUCAGCCACCAUACUCACUGGCCAACCAUUUUCGGUCUUGAACCAAAGUGGACACGAUUGAGCAAUAGCUUUAUUUGCCUGAUCUGUCUCAAUUCUCGUAUCUCGAAGUUGUGUGUCCUCGCCUCGGGUCCUUUAUGCUUAUUCUGAGUGUUUUAGUGAAUUCACCUACCAAUUUAGUUGUCCGCAUAGCCUACUAACCGUACCGCGUAUCUUAUGAAUUCUGCACCUAUGCUCUGUCAUGCUAAAAGGCCCUUCUUUAUUUUUUCUUCAAAUUUUAGACUAUACACCAUUAUCUGUUUGUGGAUGCUCCAUCUCUCGAGCGUUCUGAUGGCGCUUGGUUCUGUCAGGGACCCUUUGCACUGCGUGUUUUUUAUUUGCACGCCAGUCAAGUACAACGGAAUCUGAGGCAAAAAGCGCUGUUAGUGUCUUUAUUCCCCUUUCUUCCACGUAAUAAAAACUGUAUAUACAUAUUCAUACUGUGUGUGUUUCAGCCACCUACUCUGUAAACACGCAAUCUUUUAGCCACCCCACUUCUCAUACUGAUUUUGUCAGGGCGAUCGAUCCACUUAACAUCCCCGGUUUUGGUCUUCGUCUCCACCAGUCUAGCACAGUUUGAGGUCUUUAGUGAGCCCUUGGUCCGAAUAUCCCAUGUGUGCUGGCGGUUGCAAGUUCUUCCUUCGGGCAUAUUUUGGAGGGCCUGCUUUGAAUGCUGUACCUGAGUCUCUCCGUACCAGCAUGUUAUCAGAAGCCUUGGAUUAGUUAACCGACUUCAAGGGCAUUUGUUCUGCCUACCCGGAGUUUACGAGAUGGGGCCCUCAAGAAUUUUGAUUACGGUCAAUUUGGACGUGAUUAUUCACGAAGAUUCUUUUCUGUGCGUCUGGAGCAUAUCGGUGGGGAAUUCAACCCGGCUGAUACUGUUUCUUCAAUAAAUGAGAGCGAGAGAGAGAGAGACAAAGCGGUAUGCGUUAGUAGAAAAGUGCGAUUAUCGGGCAAACUAAUCAAGUUAGUAAAACGUAAGUUGGGUACUAGGGCACUAGUCACGCAAAAGGGAUGCUGGCAGAGACUAGAGGCGUCGAAUUUGUCUUUUUUCCACCCUGCACUUCUGUCUUACUUGAGCUUCAGUUAUAACUCUCUGCUAGUGGCAAUUAAGCGAGAAGUGUUAACUCUGACGCAGCUUUCCUUUGUCGGUAUCGGUGCUUGGAAACAACUGGCUGAUAUCGUAUUGGAGGCGUCCCAAAAACGAAACGCAAACGAAAUUUGUUUGGGCGCCUGUCCGAUUUACGGCUGAAUGGUUGCCGCAAAGCCCCGACUUAAUAAAAGGCAGUGAAGAUGGAACCCCAUAUCAACUCUUCAUCCUAUUUUCGUUAUUACGCAGUUCCGACAAAACUGAAAACACCUCCCUGCUCCUGUAGAUGUCUAAAAACACAAGGCGCCUUGCAGCCCUUGGCCUAUGAAUUGGGUGAGAAGGCCAUGAAUGUCUGUUAAACCCGGUUGUUCUCAACGCUCGUCAUCUUUGCUUACAGGCUUCCUCCAAAUAACUGGACUUUCCGACUACUCGAGCCCACCUGUGCAGUCCGUAGUUGCAUAUUAGUGCUGCAAUGCAUGUAUUUAAAGGCCAUCUAUUCUGCCGCUCAUUUCUUUCUGAUAAACGAACUGUUACUCCUGUUUCGCGGUCAACUUGUCACGCAGCAUCUUAAUUGCAUCCAACUGUUAGUGUUGCCUGUCACACAGUCUCGACUGACUGAUAAUCGCUGCGUUUUGUAGCCGAAUUAAUCACCGCUUCUGCCUUUAAGACCGCGAUUAACACCUCAGCCCUGAUUUGGUAAAGCUGGCGGAGAUAAUACGAGAAUCUGAUAAUGCCGCGCCUCCCAUCUACAGUGAGCUCUUGGCCAACGCACAGCGCAAUCUGCCCUCAAGGCUCUGGCUAUCAAAACUUCCCUUAAAUAAAAUGUCGCUUAGCAUUGCCUACAAUGCUGUCUCAAUACCAACGUAGCGUCGUACUUUAUACCCGUUUCACAUAUCAAAGCUAUGCUCUGCGUUUAUCGAUUGGACAUCGAUCGAUGACAUCCCUAGUGCCGUAGGUCUUAGUCUCCCCAGGUAUCCUCAAACCAGCCGGCUGUUGGACGCCACGCCUCCCCUAUUGUCAUUGUUAUGAUCAAAUUAUAUGUGUAUUCACAUGUGCGAAUACCAAGUUGUCCUUCUGUGCUGCUUGCUUAACCGUUUGUUUAUCUUUUCAGAUAUGUGCUGCCACACGCGCACACUCACACCCUCAAGGCCCACUGCAUUGGCGAAACUUUAAUAUCCCUAAGGUUUCUAACCGGACAUGCAAAUGUCAGUGUGGGAAAUUCCUGCAUGCGCUGA